GGUCCUCACACUGAAAGAUACGUCACGGGAGCUGCCAGAACCCGGAGACCGAGAGCCGAGAGUGAGAUUGCACAAUGGCCUUCAUGUUGAGACAAACCACCAGAAGCCUACCUGGAGCUUCCAGAUUUGCUGUCCGAUGCCUUAGCUCCUCUGCACAUCUCCAGGCUCCAGCCGUCCAAACAAAAAGUAAGAAGACUUUAUCCAAACCCGGCGUGAAGAAUGUAGUAAUUGUUGAAGGUGUCCGAACCCCAUUUCUGCUCUCAGGAACUACAUAUGCAGACCUAAUGCCGCACGAUUUGGCCAGAACAGCGCUGCAGGGUUUGCUCAAUCGCACAAAUAUUCCCAGAGAAUUGGUGGAUUAUAUUGUGUACGGAACGGUUAUCCAGGAGGUGAAAACCAGCAAUGUAGCUCGAGAGGCUGCUCUUGGCGCUGGAUUCUCAGAUAAGACGCCUGCGCACACUGUCACCAUGGCCUGUAUAUCAUCCAAUCAGGCAAUGACUACAGCGGUGGGUCUGAUUGCAUCGGGUCAGUGUGACGUGAUUGUGGCUGGAGGAGUGGAAUUCAUGUCUGAUGUUCCCAUUCGCCACAGCAGGAAGAUGAGGAAGGCUAUGCUAAGUCUCAAUAAGGCCAAGACCCUGGGACAGAGGCUUUCUGUGGUCUCCAGAAUUCGACCUGAUUUCUUUGCUCCUGAGCUCCCAGCGGUUGCCGAAUUCUCAACCAGUGAGACCAUGGGGCACUCUGCAGACCGGCUGGCAGCGGCAUUCUCUGUCUCACGAGUGGAACAAGAUGAAUACGCCCUUCGCUCUCACACCCUGGCCCAAAAAGCACAAGAUGCUGGCUUCCUGUCGGACAUCAUCCCCUACAAAGUCCCAGGUAAAAAUACAGUGGAUAAAGAUAACGGCAUCCGCCCAUCUUCUAUGGAACAGUUGUCAAAACUGAAACCAGCGUUUAUUAAACCUCAUGGGACAGUCACUGCGGCAAACUCCUCCUUCCUGACCGAUGGUGCGUCGGCGGUUCUGAUUAUGUCUGAGGAGAAAGCUCUAGCUUUGGGUUACAAGCCUAAGGCUUAUCUCCGGGAUUUUGUUUUCGUGUCUCAGGAUCCUAAGGACCAGCUUCUUCUGGGCCCAUCAUAUGCAACUCCCAAAGUGCUGGAGAGAGCUGGACUGUCCCUCGCUGACAUUGAUGUCUUUGAAUUCCAUGAGGCUUUUGCUGGGCAGAUUUUGGCCAACCUAAAGGCUAUGGAUUCAGACUGGUUUGCACAGAAUUACAUGGGACGGAAGACAAAGGUUGGAGCCCCUCCCCUUGAGAAAUUUAACAAGUGGGGUGGGUCCUUGUCCCUGGGACAUCCGUUUGGAGCCACAGGUUGCCGACUUGUUAUGGCUGCUGCCCACAGACUGAAGCAAGAGGGAGGACAGUACGGACUUGUUGCUGCUUGUGCAGCUGGUGGACAGGGUCACGGGAUGAUUGUUGAACUUUAUCCCCAGUAAUAUCCGAGCUCGAUUUGUGAAUUGACCUGGACAUGUUCUGACUGUCAUAAUGCACUAAACAUCUUGAUCCUUCCAUGAAAAAUCUGCAGUUUUGUGAAUGGUUUCUUAGUUGCCUUCUCUGCAAACGCACCACUUUUUACUAAAGCACUUAGCGCCAUCUAAUGGUCAUCAUAGGACAUUGCUGCACCGGAGAUUGCUUGACCCCGAGAGAAUGAAAACGAGAAGUUAUUAAACUGCUUAAUAAUAGCUGCAUCUCUGCUUGGGAAAUAAAUCGUGAAGAUGUUUGCCACUUUAAUUCCGUCAGGGCCUCAUGACAGCAACCGAGGCCUCCUGAGCUAUUCUGCCUUAAUAAAUGAGAACUAGAAAUGUU